AUGACGAAGGCUGAAUGGGAGUCAAUUGUUACAUUAACAGAGCACAGGCUUGAAGAGAAGCUCAGCAAUGUUGAAUCGGAAAAUAAGGUUCUGCGUCAGCAGGCUCUCACCCAAGCACAAAACAACAAGGCUCUUGCAGCUCGCUCUAGAUCUUCUAUUCAGAGGACAGAAAGUACAAAAUCCAAUGUGGAUCUUCGCAGCGGUUCAAUAAAUGCAAGAGAUCAGGCGGAGUUAGAUGAUAAGCCGCAAAAAUCACUUAAUGAGAAGCAGCAAGAGUAUCAAGACUUGCUUAUUCGGUGCGUUGCUCAGCACUUAGGAUUCAGCAAGGGCAGGCCGGUUGCUGCAUGUAUUAUUUACAAGUGCCUGAGACAGUGGAGAUCAUUUGAAGUAGAGAGAACCAGCAUCUUUGAUCGUAUCAUUCAAACAAUAGGACAAGCUAUUGAGACUCAAGACAACAAUGACACGUUAGCAUACUGGUUAUCCAAUGCAUCAACUCUAUUGUUGCUCUUGCAACGUACACUAAAAGCAAGCGGAGCAGCAGGAAUGACUCCACAACACCGUCGAUCAUCAUCAGCUACAUUGUUUGGGAGGAUGACCCAGAGUUUCCGUGGGACUCCACAAAGUGUAAAUCUUUCUGUCAUUGAUGGAGAACCAAAUGGAAAAGUAGACACAUUACGCCAAGUUGAAGCUAAAUACCCUGCUCUGCUGUUUAAACAGCAGCUAACAGCAUACGUGGAGAAGAUAUAUGGUAUGGUGAGGGAUAACCUUAAAAAAGAGGUUUCUCCACUGUUAGGUUUGUGCAUUCAGGCGCCAAGGAUAUCCAGGGCAAGUUUAGUCAAGGGAACAGCCCGAACCCUUGCAAAUGCUGCUGCUCAAGAGAUUUUAAUUGCUCACUGGCAAGGGAUUGUGAAACGACUUGGAAAUUUUUUGGACAUAUUGAAAGCCAAUUUUGUACCUCCUUUUUUAGUUCGCAAAGUCUCCACUCAAACUUUUUCUUUCGUUAAUGUGCAAUUGUUCAACAGCCUUCUGUUAAGACGGGAAUGCUGCUCCUUCAGUAAUGGUGAGUAUGUCAAGGCAGGUUUAGCUGAACUGGAAAAUUGGUGCUACAAUGCCACUGAAGAGUAUGCCGGUUCUUCAUGGGAUGAGCUCAAGCAUAUCAGACAGGCCAUAGGUUUCUUGGUCAUACAUCAGAAGCCACAAAAGACACUUGAUGAAAUAAGUCAUGAUCUGUGUCCGGUGCUUAGUAUUCAACAGCUUUACCGGAUAAGCACAAUGUAUUGGGAUGACAAGUAUGGAACUCACAGCCUUUCCCCAGAUGUUAUAUCUAACAUGAGAGUGCUCAUGACUGAAGAUUCAAACCAUGCCAUCAGCAACUCAUUUUUGCUCGACGAUGAUUCAAGCAUCCCAUUCUCGGUGGAUGAUCUCUCAAAAUCAAUGGACCAGAUUCAAAUAGCAGAUGUUGAACCACCUCCACUUAUUCGCGAGAAUUCAGGCUUCAGCUUCUUGUUGCCACACACCGAUUGAUCGCUCCAUUAAUUCAUUGGCUAGGUUAAAGAGAAGUAUCUGAUUGGACAAUAAUGAUUCAUGUCUUGGCCUUGAAAGUGCUAGCUUUAGGGAAAUCUGUAGGUAAAAAUGCCCCCUCAGUAAGUACUGUCCUUUACAAGCAUACACUGUUUUUUUUCCCCUUUUGAGUUUUUUUUUUCCACAAGGAACUCCACAGUUGUCAUUUGGCAUGAAUUGCCAAUAACACAAGCUUUUAACUUAAUAUGUUGUAUUUCACAUCCAAAACUAAGGCUAAUUGUGAUCUUCUUUUAAGAAGGCUAUGAUGGCCAAGAUGCUUAAGCUGGCGAGUCUUGUUAUGCAGUCGCAAGCCGGCUCUUUCUAUUAUGUUAAUUAGGUCGUGUGUUAU